GCCAGGUAUUUCUUUCAUUGUUAUUAUAUUUAAAACAAUAAAAAAAUAUAUAUAAUUUUCUAGAUAAGUACUACCUCACCUCUGUUGAAUCAUACCAUUUCCUAAAGGAAUUUUGACUUUUUAAUGCUUAUAUAAAAAUGACAUUUCUAGAUCAGCUUAAACCAUAUACAAUACAAUAGAAGUCAAGAAAAAAAAAUGGAUCCAAAGAGUACAGAGCAGCUUCCUGCUCCUGGGCAAUGGACAACUGGCUUUUAUGAUUGUUUUGAGGAUCAAUCUAAUUGUUGCUACACAUGCCUCUGUCCAUGCGCCACUUUUGGACUAAUUGCAGAAAUUACAGACAAAGGAACAAUAUCGAGUACAACGGCUUGCAUACUGUACUAUGCGAUGGGGUUUGCUCACUGCCUAUAUGGAGCCACAUACCGAACCAAAUUGAGAGCAUUGUUUUCACUACCAGAACAGCCUUACUCAGAUUGCUUUGCUCAUUCUUGUUGCUGUCUUUGCGCCAUGACUCAAGAGUACAGAGAGCUCCAAAAUCGCGGGAUUGAUCCCGCAAUAGGGUGGCAAGCAAACGUUGAGAAGUGUAAGCGGGAAGGGCUGAAGCCACCAUUUUCUGAUCAAGGCAUGGAUCGUUAAUAAUGAUGUCUCUAAUAAUCUCUAUUGUGUAUAUUUGUGUGAAAUUUGUGGUUUCAUGUGUUUGUUGUGUAAUCAUUAUUCAUGUUUGUCUUUCUAAAGAUUUUCCUUAGCAAUUGUUUGGCUGUAUGGUUUGGCAUUAAUAGGAGGGUAAAAAUGUCAUCACGCAUGGCUCGUGUAGCUCCAUUGUAUGUACUAUUCAAUAUAAUGGCAUCACUUUUUACUUGCAAAAAAUUGGUCAUUUGGUCAAGACUAUCUUACAAACCAAAACAGCUGAACAUCCACUGAUCAUUGACAAUAUUAAGCACAAGUCGUUCAUUUCUUUUGGGACA